GUGUGUGUGUUUCAUGUUUUCCAGCAGUACUCGCCGCUAGUGUCACGUUUAGAACAUAAUUUUGUGUAAUUUAUUCGUAAUUUAUAAGAAGCUUUUAACAAAUUACUAUUCUUAUAAAUACUAUGGAUUACGAAGACGAGCGGUACAGUGAAUUCCUUGCUUUGAAUUCAAUUUAUUGUGGAGAAUUGGAAAUUUUAGCUGUGGAACCAUACUACUCGUUUGCCAUACCUGUUAAGACAGAAGAGUACGAACCAGAUACAGCAAAUGGUCUUGGAUGUCGUUUAGUGUUCACCCACACAGCAAUGUAUCCAGAUGAACCACUUCUUAUAUCUAUAGAAGAACCAGAGAAUUUGGAAGAAGGAAGCGCAGAAAAGUUAAAGGAACAUUUAAUAGAAAAGAUGAAUGAAAAUCUUGGAAUGGUUAUGAUAUUUACAUUAGUUAGUGCAGCUCAAGAAUGGCUUAAUGUACAAUGGGACAAAAUUAAAUUAACUAGAGAAGAGUCUGCUGCAAAGAAACAAAAAGAAGAAGAAGAAGCGGAAAGGAAAAAGUUUGAAGGAACUCGAGUCACGGUAGAAACAUUCUUAAGUUGGAAAGAGAAGUUUGACCAGGAAAUGGGAUACACUAAACGAAGAGAAAUUGCUGAACGCGAAGGAAAGAAGUUAACAGGCAGAGAAUUAUUCAUGACUGAUAAGACAUUGGAUCAGUCUGAUCUAAAAUUCUUGGAUGAUGGAGAUGCUGUUAAGGUAGAUGAGAGUCUAUUUCAAAACCUCGAUGAUCUGGAUCUAGAGGACGAUGAUGACGACGACCCUGAUUAUGUACAUGACUCUGAUGAUAGUGCCUGAAAUAAAUAAAAUAUAUUUUCAAUUGGA